GCUGCCCUCCGCCGGCGCGCGGUCUUUUGUCUGGGCGCCUCUGCAUCCCGCAGCAUCCUCGCCGCCGCCGCCGCCGCUCCUCCCUGCGCUGCGCUGCGCUCUCCGCUCCCGGCCAGAGCCCGCGCCGCCUUUGCGAAGGGGGAGGCUUGGGGGCUGCGCCGACCGGCCGGGGGGUGGCGGGGGCGCGCCCGCCGUGCACGGCGAGGGCUCUUCCCCCCCGGGCUCGGGCCAAGCCGUCUCGGCAGAGAAGAGGGAGCGGGGGUAGGGUGGGGGGGGAGAGGCGGCUUUGCAAAGCCCCGGGCAUCUCCCCAAUGCAGCACAUCUGGAAAAACCGCCCGGCCUGCCUGGAGAGAGACAAUUGCAGAAAAUUGAAAGUUCGCUAGCCAGCUCUGGAAGUUGAGUCUGGCGGGGAAGAAAGGCGACGUGGAUGGCAUUGGCUGGUUGGCAUCUGGGCUUCUUCGGGCCUUGCCUUGGCACUUCUGGGCAUGGCCUGGGCACAGAUCGCAGGAGGACUGUCUUUGGAGCGGGGUCUUGUUGGGAGGUCUGCUCUGUUAAUAGGUACAGAAGAAGGGAGUUGUGAUUCUCGGAAGCUGGCGCCCUGAAAAUCUAAGGUGCCAAAACCUGCUAGUCCAGGUUGAACAUUUGUGCCUGGAUUUGACACAGGGGCCUCUUUCUUUGGAUUCCUGCAGCCCUCCAAACGACCAGUUAGCCUGUAGCGAAACGUGCGUUUGUUCUGCGUUGCAAAAAGUACAGGAGAGAUUGUCGAGAAUUCUUGGACGUUUGCAGAGGAUUUUGGGAGAGUGCCACGUUUUCCAUGCUUUGGAAAUGAGGGGCUCCCGGCGCCUGAAUUUUAUGUCAUCUCGGUAGUUAGCUCAGAAGAGAGAAACUUGCCAAAUUCAUGAACUGAUCUUAAAUAACCUGAUGCUUUGUGACUUUUGAUUUUGCCAUUGGGAUUUUCAAAUUGCAGAGGACUUGGAUACUCAGAACUUGAAUGUAAAACAGCCUGGAUGGGUGUGCAUAAAUUUUGGAUUUGGGAGCGGGGGUUGGACCAAGCCUCAGAAGGAAAGUGAAUAACACCAGCCUUCAAAAGUUUGAAAGAAAUAUGCAAAAGACAUACUGCCUCUGUUCUCAGGAAAAGCUUAUCUGCUGGAUAUUUUUUGUUAAAAAAAAUCUAUUCUGGAUAUACUCUCUUUUAUUCUGGAUUUGAAAAAGAAAGUUUUGCCUCCACUGGGUCUUUGUCUAAGACUGAGCCUUUCCGCUGACGUGUUUUUCAUACAAGAGAAAAGUUCAAGCUUUUAGGAUUUCAUGAGGUUGCAAAAUAUACUGCUAUUCUGAGCAUGCCAGGUUUUUUUAAACUAACCUUUGGAGAGAAAUUGUGUAAAUGUCUGUGUGUCUGGUUUGUUUCUGGGCUGCAAUUCCACCCUGUGGUUGCAACAUAAAACCGUGUUCCAACUUGUUGAGUUGCUGCCUGGGCUGUCUCAAUCCAUGCAGCCUGGAAGCGGUUAGGCCUACCCAAAUGGCUUUUCUGGGAAGAUUUUGCUGACCAAAAGGUCUGAGAAAGCAUUGAAAACUUCUAAGGAAAAACGGAACUUCCAGUUGAAACGGGCUGGACUUCUGAGAAGUCACAAUCACUCGAUUCAAAGGAUAGGGACUGUUGGACUUUUUAAAAAUCACCUUUUUAAAGAAUUGCAGUGGGAAAGUAUUAUUUUGCAAUGAAAGAGUUUUUCCAAGUAUUUUAAGGAAUUGUCUUUUUAAAAUAUAUAUAUAUAUAUACAUAUCUGUUUUAGCUUCUUCCAAUCCAAAAGAACUGGAAUUUUUUACGAGAUAAAAACUGAAUUUCUCAGGAUUUUUUUUCUUUCUGAGCAAUGAACUGCACAAAGUGAGGAAAAUGCAGCUAAAAGCAGGGAUAUUUUUCCAGAAGCCUUAAAAUAUCAGAGGAAUGGAGGAAAUAUAACUCUGGGUCACUCUUUUCUUAAUCUGCAGUCUCCUUUUUUGACUUCUUCCAGCACAGAAGGUGAACGAAAAUGUCUGCUCAGCUGUGCCGCGCUCUCUACGACAACACCGCCGAGUGCCUGGAUGAACUAUCUUUCCGCAAAGGGGAUCUAAUGGUUCUGCUGCAGCCGGAGGCUCCGGGCUUAGAGGGGUGGCACCUGUGUUCCUUGCACGGCCAGCAAGGGAUCGUGCCAGCCAACCGGGUCAAAGUCCUGCCCGAACCAGGGUCCCCGGGGCCGACCCCUCGCAGAAAUCACGCCCCAGCCGAUGUCUACCAAGCCCCCAGGAAGGAGGCAGCAGCUCUAGUAGGAAUGGUCUACGAAGCGCCCCAAGAUGACCUAAGAAGAAGAGGACCACGUAAAGAAGAGCAGGAAGUAUAUGAGGUGCCUCCGCCUGCUCGGCCUUGCCCACUGCCUCCUGAAGGGAUCUACAGGGUCCCCCGAGGCACCCGAAGAGACGGGGAUCCUACAGAGGUUUACGAUGUCCCCUCAUCUCUUCUCCGGGACUCUCCAGCCGACACCUACGACUCGCCUUCCCCGUGUCCCAAGAAAGUGGCCCGUGUGGCCCCCCAGCCCACACUCCCACCACCCGGCGAUGACCCCUACGAUGUGCCGCUUGCCUUCAAGAAGCCCUCAGGCCAAGAGGAGGAAGAGGAGGUCGAAGAUGACGGCUCCGAGAGGCCCCUUGUCUACGCCACCCCCUCCAACCUGCGGCGAGCCUCAGCGUUGCUGAACUUGUAUGAGUCACCUGAGGAAGUAUUGGGUGGAGGCCAGGAAGAAGAGGAGGAGGAGGAAGAUGGAGGCAUCUAUGAUGUUCCUCUGCUGGCACCUGGCUCUCCACCCCUUGAGGGGGCACUCCAAGGACUAAGCUUGCGGGAGCCCGGCCCCCCUUCCCGCCCUCGGUUGCCCUCUGCCGAGAGUCUGUCCCGUCGUCCGUUGCCUGCCCUUCCCAGCGAAGAGCGGCUCUCCAUAGAGCUUCCACCAGCAUCACCAAGCAUCGUCCGGAAGGGCAGCAUCCAGGACCGCCCGCUACCCCCACCCCCUCCCCGACUGGGGGGUCUUGGGGCAGGGGACCAGCUGGAGCCCGUCAGGGAUGAGGGAUUUAAUGAAUACGAGGGGAUCCGUCUGGCGGAAGAAUACGACUACGUUCAUCUCAAGGGAGCAGAUAAAAUCCAGCCCAAGGCACCAACUCCUGAAGGAACCCCCGGACCGGCGCUUCCUGGAGACACGGCUCAGACUGAAGAACAGGUGCCACCCUCCCCAGAGGACAGCCAGUUGUUGCAGUUUUACACAGGGCAGUGCCAGACUCAUUACGCUACCCUGCUUUCAGCCAUCGAGGCACUCCUUGCAAGCUCUGGUGCCCGCCAGCCCCCUCGGGUCUUUGUGCCUCACGGCAAGUUUGUCAUUGUCACAGCGCACAAACUGGUCUUUGUGGGUGACACGGUGUCUCGGCUAGCAUCCUCGGCUACCGUGCGAGCCAGAGUGGGGGCGGCCAGCAGUGCCCUCUGUCAGGCCCUGAAAGAAGCUGUACUCUCAGUCAAGGGUGCUGCCCUACGCUACCCGUCGCUUCCUGCUGCCCGUGAGAUGAGAGAGUGCGUGGCAGAGCUGUCCAGACGAGCGCUGGCCUUCACCUCUUUGCUGGGCACCUUGGCACCGUCUUGAUGUUACAUUCUGAGGCAAUUAAUCACCAGUGAACUUGGUCCUUCAGCUGCGGCACAUACAACAAGCCUCGUGGCAUUAAUUACCCCAUCGCUUCGGACUUCUGACUGCAGUGGUGCUGUAUGGCGUCUAGGAGUGCUUAUGGGUAAUUCCGACCCCAGCAUGGGUAACAAGAGUUCUCUAGUUAUAUGUUUGCUUCGAACCUGGGAUCGCUAACCCAGUGUCCACUCCCUGAGGCAACAUCUUGUGACCUUGGGUGGUCACCUUGACCAUAGUGAAGAUAACUUUGACCUUUAGUCUGUCAUCGACCUCUUUCACAACUAAACAAGGCCUCUAGUCUGUACCUCAGUCGCUCUACCUUAUGACCAGAAAUGGUGGCCCACCACUUCACCACAUCUUUGCUGUCUUCCAAGGUUUUACGUCCUGUCCUUUUGCAUCUGUAACAUUCAAGUGUUCUCCUAACCAAAGACCCCGCUGGACCUUUGUCUGCCUGAUUCAGAGCCACACGUCUGUGGCUCCCUUUCCCACCUGGUCCAGUUUGGUUACCAGCGCCGUGGUGGACUGCUACAAACUGUUCCACUGUGAUGUUUGUGUUCUCAAGAACCCAAGUGCAGGUUAUGGCAUGGGAUUGCAGACCAAAGACAUGAAUUGAAUUAGGAAGUAGGCAGACCAUAUCCAUGCAUACAGUCUUCCCGUGGACCCGAUGGUGGGAAUUAGGGGGCCCAAUGUACACCCACCACAACCUUAAAGGGGAAAAAAAACCCUGGAGAAUUGCUAGGAAUCAUUUUCAUACUGGUGAAGGAUUCUUAGACAAUGACUGGAAGGCAUAAAUAUAGGAGAAUAGCGAACUCUGCCUCAGAAGAGCAGAUUAUGGGAGGAAAUGACCUAAAAGGAGUAAAAGCAGACAAACACACGGGGAAAAAAUGGCCAAAUGCACAAGGAAAAAGAAUUCUGGGGAAGAAGGGAAGAAGGAAAGGUGAGGAGGAAAUGGCAAAAAUGGACAAAAGGGGGCCAGUGAUCAAGGUGGCCUUUCUACCAUGCGAAAUACGGACAAUGUACCCAGGUACACACAGAUAAAGCACCAAGGGUAUGAGCCAAGGGCCAGAGGGGGGCAUCUGGGAAGUGGAAGUUCAAAGGAUUAGCAGGGUCACCAGCAGAGCCGAUGGCUGCCAAGGUUGGGAGAAGCUGACACGAAAUCUUUCAAACCAGGGCUUUUUUUCAGCGGGAAGGUGGUGGAACGGAGUUCCGGCACCUCUUGGAAAUGGUCACAUGGCCGGUGGCCCCGCCCCCUGAUCUCCAGACAGAGGGCAAUCUAAACUCCCCUCUGUCUGGAGAUCAGGGGGCGGGACCACCGGCCAUGUGACCAUUUUCGCCGAGGGCGAUUUAAACUUAAAAAAACCUCCCCCCUUGUUCCAGCUGACCCAAAGUGAAGGCCUCGUGCGGUCCUGAGUUCCACCACUGAGUUCCACCACCUCUUUUCCCAGAAAAAAAGCCCUGCUUUAGACUGACCUAAAAACGCAGUGGUUCUUUUCCGCUGAAAAUCCCCCUUCUGGUUUGGCAUUUGUCUUGGGCGACAACCCUCCUCUGAGCCUUCCUCAUCUCAUUUCCUCCCCAGGAAACAAAUGGGGGUCAAAAGAUCUCUCUCAGGAAAUAUUUGCCAAGUUAUUUUCUAAGUUUGAUCACAAUAAAAGUGGUUUAAAAAAACA